UAAUUUUUCAGGAAGGGCUUUACCGCAAAAUAAAACCGACCCGAGAUGUAAAAUUCUAGUGGACCACAAAACUAAAUGCAUGGGUAAGUUACAAAUGUGGAUGUGCUGUGGUUAGUCUAUUUGUAUUACUGAUAGUGGUGAGUCGUGAUAUUUCAGGAUUAUUUGUUAGUCAUGGAAAUAACUUCCGUUUUGUCAAUUGCUUGUUGAUGAGCUACACAUUUUUGUUCACGUGACAUUGUAGGUUGUUUUAAUUUGUUAGUUCGUUUCGAAUGUUUGUAGAGUGUGCAAGAAAGUUUAAAUUGGCGUAAAUCUCUUCUAAAAUUCCUUAGAAUGGGGUAGUAUCACCAAUUUUGUUGCAGAGGUGAGAUUUUUUCGUUGAAUGAUGAUUUUUGUUUAAUGUUCCAAAGGAAUUUUUAGUUGUUUCUUUUCACCAGUUGUUGCAUAGGUACUGAUGUUGAUAUCUAAUAUACAUUUAUUGAAUUUUUGGGAUAGCAGCUUCUUUUAGAUAGUUCGAGUGAAAUUCAAGCAUAAAAAUUGGUGUCUGGUAAAUAAAAUCAUGUUAGCUAAAAGGUACACUCAGUGAUUUUUAAAUCAGCUUUUCUAAAAUUUUAUUUCAUUUAUUUUAUUAGUUGUUGGUCGUGUUAUUGUUGAGGUUUUUCGACAAGCUCGUCCCCCAGGUCUCUUUUUCUCUUCCUAACAAUUUCAAACGGCGAGAAGAAAUAUUUUUUUCUGGCCGUUAAAGAUUGUCAGAAAGAGAAAAUGAGCCCUGGAGACGAGGUUGGGUUUUCUCAGUGUCAAUAGACGCUAUUUUAAUAAGCAAUACGACAUUUUUGGUUGAGGCUCAGUUUUAUGUCUCUGUACAAGAUCAACUGUACUUUUUUCUUGUUGGUUAUUUACUUGAGGAUCAUAUUGGCGCGUUAAUUUACUUUAGUGCGCCCUCAAGUUGAUUGAAAUCAACUUUCAAGUUAUUUGCAUUUGUCGUUGUACGAAAUUUAAAUAUACAUAAUUUUUAGGUCAAGUUUUGGAAAGUAUUAUAAUCCUGUUGCUUGUACCUUUUCUUCUUAUUUCCUUACUUCAGAUUUACUGUCGCUUUCUAAUUAUUUGUUUUUGAAGGAUUUGAAUCUCUUAUAAGGUUUCCUUAAAAAAAAUGUAUAUGUCCUCACUAUUAUUCUUCGCAGCAGGAUAAUCGCGAGUCGCAUAAUUUUCAUCUGUUCCUGAAAUAAUUCUUAAAGCACUGUUCACACCGUAUAUCGGUCAUUUAUGUUAGAAGUUUAGGUCAUGAAUGGCAAAGGCGGUUUUCAGUGAACUUUCCUCUUACAGGGUGGUUUGAUGAUAUUCCCUAUUUAAUUUUGCCUAAAAAGUAGCGCGGAUCAUGCAAUUAGAGUGAUUUCUUGGGAUGACAAGUUCUGCUAUAUCCGCGCAUAUUAAAAUAUUUUUUGCUUUUAUUUGACGUAAAUGGGGUCUUAACCGAUUCGCAUAUUUGAUAUUUUACAUGUGUAAGAGGCCUUAAGUGAUUCGAAUGUCAUUCGAACAAAACGUAAACAAUGUCCUAUCGUUUUGAAAUUUUAUAAUCAGGGCGUCUCUGUUGCUGGGACAAAACGUCGAGCAGAAAACAAGUUCUGUAAAUUUUAAUACAAAGAGUUGGAGAAAGAGUAUGCUCCAAAAAAUUGUUACUGCCCUUUUCAGAGUACCUGCAAGUACAUUAUGAAUGUGGAAACAGAACAAAAAGAAAAGAAAAAACCAGCUUAACAAUGGGCAGUUAUCAAAACGAGUCAAGCCAUAAAAAUAUGAAGGCUGUCCACAAAUGGUUCCUUAUGAUACGAAGUGAGAAUGUUCAAUCAGUGGGCUGAUGCUCAAGCAAAGAGCAGUAGAAUUUGGUGAAUAAUUUGGUGUUGAAUCAUUUCAAGCUUCUGAGGGAUGGCUCACAAUAUGGAAAAGCAGAAAAUAAUGGGCUAUAAGUUGCUGAAAAAGGACCACGUUUCGAAUGCCAAUCAACAAGGUGGCAACGUUCAUGUGUUAAAGUUAAGAGCUCACAACAUAUGCUGUGCGAAAGAAGCUAAUUUGAUCAAAUCCAACCUUGCAGGUGUAGAUGGGAUAACUUCUGUAGCUGUAAAUAUCAUUGGUCGCACAGCCACUAUAUCACACAAUAUAGAUAUUAUUUCGGCGUCAGAUAUAAUAGACCGCCUAAACUCUCUUCACCUUGGUAUAAGUUUGAUAGAGAAAGGGCAAGUUAUUGAUAAUGAUGACAAGCAUGCUAAAUACUUAGUGUUAGCGAAAAUUUUUAAUGUUGUUCUUAUGACAUUGUUAUUUAUAGCAGUGUUGGUUGCACAUGUUAAAAACUAUUCCUCUGAAAAAUGGAUAGCAAUUCCUAUUUUUAUUUUGGGAGGCUUGCCCAUGCUAUGGAAAACUUUGAUUGAUUUCAGAAGAAAGGUAUUCGCUAGUGUGAAUUUGUUAAUGUUGAUAGCUGGAUGUGGGACAAUAGCAUUGCAUCACUGGCUAGAUGGCAGCAUAAUUAUGUAUGUUUUUACGAUAGCAGAAAGUUUGGAGAAUUUAUGUCAAUAUAAAGUCGAAAAAGAUAUAGCGGGAUUGAUGCUAUCAACACCUGAAACUGCUGUGCUAGCUGAAUCAAAUGAGAGUGUUCCUGUGGAAGAUGUAACAAUAGGAACAAUCAUUUUGAUAUGUUCAGGAGAGCGUAUACCUCUGGAUGGGGAAGUAACAAAGGGUAAAGCUGCAGUUGAUGAGAGCUCUAUUACUGGUGAAUCUAUACCAGUGAUGAAAGUAAUUGGUAAUUUAGUAUUUAGCGGAACCAUUAUUCAAAGUGGAUAUUUAAAGGUAAAAACAACAAGUGACUAUAGUACAUCCACUGUUGCACGUGUAGCUGAACUUGUGGAAGAAGCAAAAACACGCACUUCUCGAACAGAAGAAAUCUUGAAUAAAUUUGCAAAAUAUUACACCCCAUGCAUACUUGUUACAAGUUUUUUUGUAUUCGUUAUUCCGUUCGUACUUUACGAAACAAAGCGAAACGAUUUCUCGGAAGCUGAUUUCGAAGUGUGGACCACUCGUUCAAUAAUCAUUUUAGUUGUUGCAUGUCCUUGCUCUCUCAUUAUGGCCACGCCUAUUCCGAUGAUAUGUGGUAUCACUAACGCUGCUAAAAUUGGUGCUCUUAUCAGAGGUGGUGCAAUAUUAGAAAAACUUGCAAAAGUCAAUACUGUUGUCUUUGACAAAACAGGAACUCUCACUGAAGGAAGAUUUCAAGUAGUAAAAGAAUUUGCUGCUAAAGAUGGAAGAAGGGAUGAAGCUGUGGCAUUUGCAGCUGCAUUAGAAACAAAAUCCAGCCAUCCACUUGCAGCAAGUAUUGUGAACCACUAUUCAGGUUGUAUUACAGACAAGAUUGAUGAACUUGGUUCCACUGUAGGUUUACCAGACGUCACUGGAUUUGAAAAUGAAACUGGCAUGGGUUUAAGUGGAAUAAUCAAUGGUAAUAAAGUGUUCGUUGGAAACACUGCAUUAAUGCAAAAACACAAUGUUAUUGUUGAUGUGGAGUCAAAAAGUUGUUUUGAAGAAUGGUCUUUAGAUGGGUUUACCGUGAUAUAUGUUGCCAUUGAACAGGAGCUUUCGUUGGUACUAGGUCUUGCUGAUAAAUGUCGCCCCUCUGCACCACUUACUGUAUAUACAUUGCUAAGCAAGGACAUUGAAUGUGCUAUGCUGACUGGUGACAGUCAAGGACCUGCUGAGAUGAUUAAAAAGAAAGUUGGCUUGUCUACUUGCAAGUUUAACAUGAAACCAAAUGAUAAGUAUGACUGGAUAACAGAGAAAAAGAUAUCAAAGAAUAAGUCAGUAAUCGCAAUGAUUGGUGACGGUGUAAAUGACUGUCCAUCUUUAGCCGUUGCCGACGUUGGUAUUGCUGUCGGUCCGUCAGCUACUGCGCUUGCCGUACAAUUGGCAGACAUCUCCCUGAUGACGGAUAACUUGACGAAAAUACCAGAAUUGUUUCUACUGAGUAAAUAUUGUAGAAGGAUUGUCUUUCAGAAUAUAUUUGCUGGUAUUUCCAUUAAAAUAGUUUUUGUGCUGGCUGCUCUCGUUGGCAACACUGCAUUAUGGGUUGCCAUUUUAUCUGACGUCAUUGGAUUACUAUUUGUGACUUUGAAUGGAUUACGUCCGUUAUACUGGAAACCGUGUCAAAUGGACGGGACGUGGAGUGUAGAUGGUGAUAAUGAAAGCAUCACGACAUUGUAUUCUCCAAAUAAAUCUAAUGUGUCGUCCUUUUUUAUACGCAUAUUUAUGGACUAACUUUUAACACUACUUUUUUUUAACUUCCGCGCACAUUUCGAGGGAGAAAUUGUUGGAUAUCAAAAUUCUAUCUGUUCAGCAAAACUCGAUAAAGCACAGACAUCUUAUUCCUAUUAUUUAUUUUUCGAUAAAUUUUUUUUUGCGUUACAUUUUCUCGAAUUUAAGAGAAUUUAAUUCCCUGUAUACAUUGCUUUGUUUUUGUAUUGAUCGUUAAAAUCUCAAAAACUUUAUUUCACUUUCAAUGUACAAUAGUGUAUAUUUGCUAACUUAUAUAAUCACUUUUAACGUUCGUAAAUACUUUCUUAUAUAAUAGUCCGAUCAACUCGAACCUCGGAUAAUUUGGAUAUUCGUUAACUCGACCCAUUUUAGUUUUCAUUAUAGAUAGAUAAUUCAUUUUGCAUUUUGCUAAAAUUGCACCUUUUCUAUGUUACUGUUACCCUACUUUUUAAAAAAAUUGUUUCAACUCGAACUUAAUCUCAUUUUAGACUAAAUUUGACUUAACGGGAGCUUUUUAACUCAAACAUUUAAUAAGUUGACCUAUUUUCCUUAGUCCUUAGAAAUAUUUCGCAGCUAAAAAUAUCUAUUCAAAUUUUGUAUUGUUUUUAAUUGCAAUGGAAUCAUAGGCUCGUCUCAACUUCGUCCCCAGCACUUGUU